GCGGGCUUUUACGGGUGCCGAGAGGAGGACGCGCGCACAUCCUCCUGCCACCGCGGAGCCGCCGGUGUCUGAAGCCGUGGCCGUGGCAUCUGCCGGGACUGCUGCUCCCGGCGGGUCUUUUUUUUCUUUUUGUCCUCUUUCCCUUCUUCGCCCCACUCCUUGGAAUAGAAGACUGAAAAGUCACAAGCUGCUGAGAAACGCCUUUGAGACCUGGUCGUGCAUCCUAUCAUUACAAGCCUUUGGGAAUGUCCCAGGCACCUCUGUCUAAAAGUCGCCCGUAACGGACAUUGCCUUAAAGCUGGUCCACCAAAGCAGGUUUAAAUUAGAAGUAAGGGCCCCACCGACGGCAGGCUCUUCUAGAAAGGAAUUCAUUAGCAAUAGUGGGAUCCACGGUGAAUUUGGAGUUAGAAGCUUCCCUGCCGAAGCCUCAACAAAUUGCAGGGAUCCAGGUAUAAUAACUGAAGUAUGAGCCUGAGUACAGACUCCACAGCCUGCCUUUGGAGUUCUCAGUUCAACUUUUUGAAUCUUAAAUUCCACUCAUCGGUUAUCCAGCUGGUAUUGAUACUGAAAUCGGGACCUUCUCAUCUGAGGGCUGUAAAGAUUAACCAAGUCGGAAAUGGAGACCCAAGAGCCAGCAGAUUCUUCUCAGAAUACCAAACAGUCUGUUGUUUCAGAGGAGUUAAUUUCAGAAGGAAAAUGGGUCAAGCUUGAAAAAACAACUUACAUGGAUCCUACUGGUAAAACUAGUGUAUUUGGGAUGGACCCUUCAGUGCUUUUCCCAGCACUGUCUUCUUCAGUCUUUAGGACUAACCCUAAGAGGCAGCAGAGAGAGUAUGCCAAAAGAACUUGGGAAACCGUGAAACGAACGACCAGGAGGGGCCAGUCUGCUGACGGUGUGGCAAUCAUCCCAGUGCUGCAGAGGACUCUGCAUUAUGAAUGCAUCGUUCUGGUGAAGCAGUUCCGACCUCCGGUGGGUGGCUACUGCCUGGAGUUCCCUGCAGGUCUCAUCGAUGACAAUGAGAGCCCAGAAGCAGCUGCACUUCGGGAGCUGGAGGAAGAAACUGGUUAUAAAGGCGAUGUUGCCGAAUGUUCCCCAGCUGUGUGCAUGGACCCGGGCCUGUCAAACUGCACCACACACAUCGUGACGGUGACGAUCAACGGGGACGAUGCGGAAAAUGUCAGACCUAAGCCAAAGCCAGGGGAUGGAGAAUUUGUGGAAGUAAUUUCUUUACCAAAGAAUGACCUGCUGAAUAGACUUGAUGCUCUGGUAGCAGAAGAACAUCUCACAGUGGAUGCCAGAGUCUACUCCUAUGCUCUGGCGCUGAAACAUGCGACCACGAAGCCAUUUGAAGUGCCCUUCCUGAAAUUUUAAGGCCAGAGAGAAUACUGGCCAUGUUUUUGUAAAUGAGACUACCAGGCCUUCUUCACAAAGACUGUAUUCAACUUAAUGUAGAUUUGAAAUUAGCUUUUUCAUAAAAUAAAAGCACAGAAUGCA